AUGAUUAGGGCGGCCUUAUCGAAAAUAAAAGCAAGAUUGGUGAAAGCCCCAGCCUCGAGUAUCAAUCCAGAGGAUUACAACAUCGUUAAAGAAGGCACAGCUGAAAUUCUGUUCCCAAAAAAAGAAUCUGUGUUUUACAAUCCAAUCCAACAGUUCAAUAGGGAUCUCAGUGUUUGCUGUAUCAAGGCAUGGGACAAUUUGUAUGGUCAAGAUUUUAGAGCCAAGAAGAGGAGAAAGAAUAGGAAGGGCAGCUUGUCAAAAGUCGAAGAGGAACAGGAGUCAGAUAACUCACGGAAACGCAGAAAACUGGAAGAUAAUAAGGUCGAGGAAUCGAAAGCCCAACCACCCGUCACACCUUAUAUCAAGAUAUUGGAAGCGCUAUCAGCUACCGGUUUGCGCGCUAUCAGAUACGCUCAAGAAAUACCAAACGUUAAAGAGAUCAUUGCAAAUGAUUUGAUUCCAGAUGCUGUUGAUUCGAUCCAGCGUAACGUAGAGUUUAACCAUGUUCAGGAUCUGGUAAAGCCAAACUUGGAUGAUGCGAACGUUCUCAUGUAUCGAAACAAGGCAAAUAAUACCAAAUACCAUGUGAUUGAUCUUGAUCCGUACGGAACCGUUACACCAUUUGUCGACUCUGCAUUGCAAACAAUUGAGGAAGAUGGGCUCAUGCUUGUCACUUGUACUGAUCUAUCAGUGCUGGCUGGUAAUGGGUAUCCAGAAAAAUGCUUUGCGCUCUACGGCGGUGUCAACAUGGUGUCGCACGAAUCAACGCAUGAGAGUGCUUUGAGAUUGGUAUUGAACUUAUUGAGCCAAAGUGCUGCAAAAUAUAAGAAAACGAUUGAACCUUUAUUGAGUUUAAGUAUUGAUUUUUACGUUCGUGUCUUUAUCAAAGUGAAAACGAGCCCCAUUGAGGUCAAGAAUUUACAGUCAAAAACGAUGAUAACGUAUCAUUGCUCUCAAUGUGGCUCAUAUCAUUCACAACCAUUAGGUCGUGCAAGUGAACGUCUCACAAGGAAGGGCAAACCGUAUACGAAGUACUCUGUCGCGCAGGGUCCUCCAGUCGAUGGCAAGUGUCAAUUCUGUGGUGGUACAUAUCACCUCGCAGGCCCUAUGUUCGGUGGUCCACUACACAAUAAAGAGUUCAUCGAUGAGGUGCUGCGCAUAAACCGUGAAGAACAUAACGAUUCUGUAUAUGGCACCAGAAAGAGAAUUGAAGGAAUGUUAACAUUGGCCAAAAAUGAACUCCCUGAUGCAUCUUUCUAUUUCAGUCCAAACCACCUAUCGUCCAUUUUGAAACUGCAAGUACCGCCAUUGAAAAAAAUCGUGGCCGGACUGGGCUCUCUUGGCUAUAACUGCUCACUCACGCAUGCGCAGCCAUCUUCACUUAAGACCGACGCACCAUGGUCGGCUGUAUGGUACGUCAUGAAACAAUCUGACGAUAAUGUGAAAGACAAAGACGUGGAAUCGAUGAGCGCAACGUCUGUUGGAUACAAGAUACUGGCUAACCAGUCUAACUGGAUCAGCGAUGAAGACAAGAAGAAUUUCGAAAAGCUGUCCUUUAGCCCCAAUGAACAAAGUGGACACAUUGAAAGGUUGAGAAGAUUGAAGAUUGUAAGAUACCAAGAAAACCCGACAAAGAACUGGGGGCCCAAGGCGCGCCCUUCCAACAACUAG